AUGGCUAAUGACAACACAACCCUCACUGGCCAAGGUGUGGCCAGUCCGUGGGUAGACGACCCAAUUGCCAUCACUGGUAUUGGGCUGCGUCUCCCAGGCUCUGUCCGUACACCUCAACAGUACUGGGACUUUUUGACAAAGAAAGGCAGCGGACGUUGCCGCGUCCCCGCGAAUCGUUACAAUGUGGACGCUUUCCUGGGCCCGAAAGGAAAGCCAGGUCACACCUGUACUGAGUUUGGCUAUUUCCUCGAUGAUCUCGACCUCGCUGCCGCGGACAGUUCAUUUUGGUCCAUGAAACCAAAAGAGCUGGAGCUUCUGGAUCCGCAACAGCGUUUGAUGAUGGAGGUCAUAUACGAAUGUCUUGAGAGCAGCGGCACUGCUGCCUUCACCGGCAAGGACAUCGGCUGCUAUGUCGGGGUACUUGGCGAGGACUGGAUGGAGAUUCAGACCAAGGAUCCCCAUCACGCAGGCGUGCAAUCUGUGGCCGGUUAUGGCGAUUUCGCCAUCGCCAAUCGGGUUUCCAAAGAGCUAGGCCUUACCGGACCCAGCAUGACUAUUCGAACAGCAUGUUCAUCGUCAAUGAUGGCUCUACAUACCGCAUGUCAGUCACUUUAUUCUGGCGAAUGCUCCUCUGCCAUUGUUGGUGGAUGCAGUCUUAUUCUGUCGCCACGUAUGACCGUUGCUAUGGCGUCAGAAUAUCGGGUAAUAUCACCUACCGGGUACUGUCGAUCUUUCGACGCCAGUGCCGACGGAUACGCUAGAGGAGAGGCUGUCAACGCCAUUCAUGUCAAGCGAUUAUCUCACGCCCUACGUGACGGCGAUCCUAUCCGCGCCAUGAUUCGGUCCGUCUGUCUCAACUCGGACGGCCAAAGAACACCGCUCCUUGUGCCAAGCCCAGAGAGUCACGAGCUACUUAUGCGCCGUAGCCACGAACUAGCCGGCAUCGCCGACCUUUCUCAGACGGCCAUGAUCGAAUGUCAUGGGACUGGCACAAUAGUGGGCGAUACUUUGGAAGGCCGAGCGGUGGCCAAAGUAUUUGGCGAGCUAGGAGGAAUUGUCAUUGGCUCGGUCAAACCGAAUCUCGGGCACAGUGAGGGCGCAUCAGGCCUGAGCAGCAUUAUCAAGAUGGUCUUGGCGCUAGAAAACGAGACGAUUCCUCCGAACAUCAACUUCACCACUCCAAAUCCAAAGAUUCCGUUUGGCCCCGCUCGUCUCCAUGUUCCUGUGGAAUGCGAGCCAUGGCCGAAAGGUAAAGCUCUACGGGUUGGAGUGAACGGGUUUGGCAUCGGUGGCGCAAAUGGACACGCUCUUCUGGAAUCCGCAAAGUCUUUCAUUGAGGCAGCCGCCAAUUUUACUCCAGAUGCGAAAACUCCCCAACUGCUCGUAUUUUCUGCAACACAUUCGGAGACGGCCACCCGCAACAUCGCCAGUACUUUGAAGUACGUCUCUAGUAACCCGCUUCGCGCCGCCGACACUAGCUAUACAUUAGGAUGUCGGCGGAAGAGAUUUCCUCAUCGAGCAUUUGCCAUUGGCUCUGCCAACAACUGGGAUGUCUCCCCGGUACAGAAGAGCGGAAAGGUACCGAACUUGGUGUGGGCCUUUACGGGGCAGGGAUCCCAAUACCCUGGAAUGGGCAAGGACCUUUUGAUGAGCAAUACUGUAGCUCAAGAAACUAUCAAGCGGUUGGAUGAAGUGCUAGAUACAGUUGACUGUCAAAGGUCUUGGACAUUGCGAGAGGAGCUACUUCGACCGAAAUCGUCUUCUCAGCUUUGGAAAGCAGAGUACUCUCAACCCUGUUGCACGGCAAUUCAGAUCGCCCUGGUAGAUAUUUUGAAGUCUUUAAACCUGCGCCCUUCCGCGGUGGUUGGCCAUUCAGCUGGAGAGAUUGCAGCGGCAUACGCUUCAGAUGCCCUAAGUGCUACAGAGGCUAUAAAUAUCGCAUACCAUCGUGGCCAGAUAGCUCGGCGUGCGGAGGAAACUGGGCAAGGAGGUAUGAUAGCGGUGAAUUUGGGUCGCGAACAGGUAUCUCGCUUUUUGAUUGACAGGGUGACCAUUGCCUGUGAGAACAGCUCAAAGAGUGUAACUCUCAGUGGCGAUAUUGCUAUGUUGGACGUGGUGGCUGUUGAGAUAUGCGCCACUCACCCAGACGUCAUGAUCAAACAUUUGCCUGUUGAGUGUGCCUAUCAUUCGGCACAAAUGGAGGAUGUGGUUGGAGACUACCGCAGCCGCCUUGAGAGUUUAGCAAUAGAGGCGAAAGCACCUUCAGUGCCCUUCGUCUCAUCGGUAACUGGCAAGCAAUUAAACAGCGCGGCCGAAUUCCGGCCCGCAUACUGGUGUCAAAACCUGACGUCUCCGGUACUCUUCCGCUCAGCUGUUACGGAAGUUCUUUCUCUACAAUUGUCCAAUCGACUUUUUCUCGAAAUUGGGCCACACACUGCCCUGUCAGGAUUCCUGAGCGAUAUUGCACAAGAUCUGCGUCUACCAUCCAUCCCAUAUAUUCCGACCUUGGUUCGAGACGUCAACUCGAACGAAUCCAUUUUGCGCACAGCGGGUCGACUAUUCCAGUCUGGUGCACCCAUUGAUUUGUCCAGCUUAUGCAAGGGUGCAACGCUUCCUGACCUUCCAUCUUACUCAUGGCAAUAUGAUGGUCGUUUUUGGUUAGAAUCAAGGGUUUCUCGCAAUUGGCGGUUUCGGGAGCAUCCCAACCAUGAUCUCUUGGGAUCCAAAAUUCCAGAUGGCAAUGACAAAGAACCACUCUGGCGUUCUCUGAUAUACCUUGACAACGCACCCUGGCUUCGGGAUCAUGUCAUUGAUGGUAAAACUAUGUUUCCCCGCGGAGGAUUCAUUUCCAUUGCAGCACAAGCAAUCUCCCAGCUCUCCAAGUCUCCUGACCUAUCCAUGCGAGACUUGCAUUUCCUCGCGGAUCUAGAGUUGUUUGAGAAGCAUCCCACGGAACUCAUAACCCAGCUUCGACCCUCAAAAUUUACCGCAACGUGCGAUUCGAAAUGGUAUGACUUCGACAUUACGAGUUUCUUCGAUGGCGCUUGGACGAAACAUUGUACGGGCCAGGUUAGGGGGGGAAAGCACCUACCCUUUGAAACUGUCCGUCCGCGCGUGGGACCUCGCAAGGUGCAGACUAGAGUGUGGCAGCGCGCGACCAAAAGGCUUGGAAUCAGCUACGGUCCCCGCUUCAACCUUAUGCAGGACAUUUCCGCGAGUGUCACCGAUUCUGAGGCCACAGCCAUGAUUACAGAGUCGCGUGAGCCUCGGGAAAGCUCAUAUACCGUGCAUCCUUCUACCAUUGAUUCGGCCUUCCAGCUCCUUAGCGUGGCCCAAUCACGCGGGCUCGCACGGCUCUUCAAUAACCAAAUCAUGCCCACAUAUAUUGGUGAAAUCUACAUCCAUCCACUCUCUUCUCCAAUAAUGUCCCGCGCGAGGAUAAACUCAGACACAUACGGCUCUAAGACGGGAAGCGUUACAGGCUUUUGUGGGGAGCAGCCUGUCCUAUCUAUGCGCCAGAUGCAACUUGCUCCCUUACGUGACAAAAAGCCGUGUCGCGAAGAUCCCCAUGCGGGCGCUAGACUGGUUUGGAAGCCGGAUAUUGACGAGGUUGACGUUGCCAGGCUUAUCCGCCCGAUACCAGGUAUCUCGAGCAGUAUCCUAUUGCUUGAGGAACUAGCAUUGGCAUGUAUGGUUGAAACUCACCAUCAAACUCGGGGUAUUACGCCUACCUUGCUGCACGCCGCAAAAUAUUUCGAUUGGCUAUCCAUACAGCGUCAGAAGGCAGAGCACGGCAAUUAUCAGCACGUGCCCGGGUGCCAGGCAAUCGCCUCGAUGACAUCAGCUGAGCGGACGAAUCUCAUAGAUGGCCUAUAUAAAAAAGCUCUCGAGACCGAAGCACGAGACAUGGCUACCGCCGUUACGCGGAUCUUUCGCCACUCCACAGGGCUGUUCCAAUGCCAAGUAGAUCCCUUGAGCCUGCUACUGAAAGACAAUCUUCUCACAGCGAUCUACGGGUUUGCGCAACUGUGCGACUUUGCCGACUUCUUCCAGGUGCUUGCCCACAACCGACCGUCGAUGCGGAUUCUGGAGAUCGGUGCAGGAACUGGUGGUGUUACGGCGACUAUCCUUCCAGCCAUGCGUGGACCGAAUGGUGAGAGGAUGUAUGAAAGUUACACAUACACUGACAUCUCAUCUGGUUUCUUCGACGCGGCUCAGAAGCGGUUCAGCAACUACGAUGGUAUCAUCUACCGACCCCUCGACAUCACGAGCAACCCUUUGGAGCGCGGAUUUGAGGCUUCUUCCUACGAUCUCAUCAUUGCCUCGAACGUGCUACAUGCGACUCCAUGCCUACAGGAAACACUUGCCCAUGUGAAGACACUACUAAAGCCUGACGGCAAACUGUUUUUACAGGAGUUGGCGCCCACCACAAAGUGGAUCAACUUUAUUAUGGGCACACUCCCGGGAUGGUGGCUGGGCACGGCUGACAACCGGGAAUGGGAACCAUAUAUCUCGCCUGAACGCUGGGAUAAGGAACUGCGAAACGCGGGAUUUUUGGGAGCCGAAUCGCGUGUUCAUGAUGGUCAUAUGAACGCCUAUAUUAUCUCGUCCGUACGUCCACCUGCCAACACAGGCGGCAAGAGGGUGACAGUGCUUUGCGAGAAUAUGUCAAGCGCCGUUGAUCAGUUUAUAUAUUGCCUACACGAUCGUGGGUUGGAGGCCGAUAUUCGCCGUCCAGGGGAUGAGCGACCGGUGGAUCAGAUGAUAAUAUCGCUAUUGGAGUUGGACUCGCCACAACUACACUCGAAAAAUCCAGACGAAUAUCUUCAUCUUCGAGAUCUGCUGGCGUCCCUCGACGCCACGCCAAUGCUCUGGGUUACAAACCCGUCGCAAGUGAAAUGCGCAGACCCUCGGUAUUCCUCCACCUUAGGUCUGCUGCGCACGGCUAGGAGAGAACUCGCGGCUACGGUGGCUACCCUCGAGCUGGACUCGCUAGAUGCCGGUGCCUUUGAAGCUACGGUCACGGUUGCCGAGCGCCUCUUGCUUGAGAGUUCGUCUCAUCUGUUGAUGGACCCUGUGCUUGAAUAUGCUUACAACUCUGGGUGUUUGAUGGUCGGAAAGUUUUAUCCAGCGAUUGUUAGCGAGGAGCUGCUUGACAAAGGUAUACCGGCACCUGACACUUCAAAUGCAGUUAAUUUGCACAUCAACGGGUUUGAAGAAAAUGAUACUGUGAGCUGGAGAUCUCUCCCCCUCGACACACCCGCGUCGACAGAUUGGGUUGAGGUUGAGACUCGCGCUGUCGGCCUCAGCACCAGUGAUCGCGCUGGCACUGGUGCUGCUCGAGAAUUUGCCGGCAUCAUUCGUCGUGUCGGGCCCGGCGUAGCAAAUCUACGGGUUGGGGAUCGAGUCGGUGUUCUUGCAGCCGGGCCCAUUGCCACCCGCUUCAUCACCAACGAAAAGCUAUGCGUGCGAAUGGCACGCGAUCUUACUUGGAUCGAGGCAGCUACGAUGCCCUAUGCGUUUGCCACCGCGCUAUACUCGCUGAUUGAUAUUGCACGGCUUACACACGGUGAUACGGUUCUCAUCCACUCUGCAUGCACCGGUAUCGGAUAUGCAGCCAUCCAGAUCUGCCACAUUAUCGGGGCUCAGGUUUUCUGCACCGCCGGAAACGACACCGAGAUGGAUCAUUUGCUCCAGCAAGGCAUUGCCAAAGAACGCAUAUUCAGCUGCUGCGACCCAAGCUUCCUCGAAGAUGUCCUGUCUGCCACAAAUGGUGAAGGCGUCGACGUAGUUUUGAACUCGCUCUCUGGAGAAAUGAUGCACGCCUCUUGGAAUUGUGUUGCCGACUUCGGUACCAUGAUUGAUCUGGGGAAACGGGACAUCACCAGUAAAGGACAGCUGCCGAUGAAUGUAUUCGACGCAAACCGCACUUUCGCUACCCUGGACAUUUCGAAGAUUAUUGAGAGAAAGCCAAGCAUUAUUCAAGGGCUUCUUCGUCGAUGUAUGCACCAUUAUGCCCUGGGUGAAUUGAGCCCUCCGCCAACAGAAGAAUUUCCUGCGUACAAGGUACAAGAUGCUAUCCAGUGCUUGCACGGGAACACGCACCUUGCAAGUAUCGCCCUUGUUAUGCCUGACAACGCGUCAACCCUGCCCAUAACCUUGAAUCAUCGAACACCGCGCUUCCGCUCCGAUGCCUGCCACAUCAUCAUUGGUGGCCUGGGUGGGCUGGGACGCUCGGUUAGCUCUUGGAUGUCCCUUCAUGGUGCUCGUCAUUUUGUUUUCUUCUCGCCAUCUGCUCGCAGCAAAGCAGGAGAUGAGUAUGUGUUAGAACUUCGAGCCCAAGGCUGCCGUGUGGAUCUCGUCUCCGGUGAUGUCAGCAGUGAAGAAGACGUGGAUGCCCUCAUACAUCGUUUGGACGACAACAUAGCCGUCGCUGGCGUAAUGCAAGCGGCUAUGGCGCUUGAAGUGACGGGCCUCGCCGACAUGUCCUUGGACCAGUGGGAGAAGUCCUUCGCACCAAAAGCUCAAGGCACAUGGAACUUGCAUAAUUCGUUACGGAAGCAUAACCGUCCCGUCGACUACUUUGUCCUCUUCAGUUCAUUGGCUGGGUUGAUCGGACAAACAGGGCACGCAAACUAUGCUGCAGGCAACAGCUUUCUAGACGCCUUUGUGCAAUAUCGCCAUUCUCUAGGACUUCCUUGCUCUGCUGUGAAUAUUGGUGUCAUGGAAGAUGUUGGAUAUGUCAGCAACCAACCAGAAGUUCUUGAGCACUUUAGCGCGACUUCAGCACAUAUGCUCCAAGAGCAGGAUCUUCUAGACACAAUCCAGCUUGCGAUCGAUAAUUCGCUUCCAAGUCCAACAGUCAUUGAAAAAGACGACCCUUGGCCGUCCUAUGUGAGCCAGGGUCAGAUCUGCAUCGGUCUACGCAGCACGACUGCUCUGACCUCUCCGACCAAUCGUACCUCGUGGAGGCGCGACCCUCGAAUGGCACUGUAUCACAAUUUUAACACGCCCGACGAAAAGAGCCCUUCCGGCGCAGGUAAUACCAAUAGCGACGAUACGCUGCAACGCUUCCUCACGCAGGUGAAGGUGAAACCGGAGAUCCUUCAGGAGCAGGGAUCAGCAGACAUUCUUGGUCGCGAAAUCGGCAAGGCAUUAUUCAGCUUUAUGCUGCGGGACCACUCGGAGCUAGACAUCGACGUUCCUUUGUCUUCAUUGGGCGCGGACUCCUUGCUGGCUAUCAAACUGCGGGACUGGUGCCGGCGAACAGCUGGGGUGGACAUUACAGUUGUUGAUAUUAUUGGCAGUGACAGCUUGCGGAAGCUCGGGCGGACUGCGGCUGUGAAGAUGGCGAAUAAGAUUGCCGUCGCAUGA